CAAGGCAAAAUAUUCCAGACCACCUGGACAACCAGUAUAUCCAAGAAAUCGUGAUACUCCUGUUGUGUCCUCGAAGCACCAAGGAUCGAAGACUAGAGACUUGUUUCUUCCUCAAAGUGGAGCUGGUGACAAAAAUGGUGGUGGUGUAUCUGAUAAUGCUACUGUCGGCACUGAUGACAUUGCUAUGUCGAGUGAUGACAAUGAUGGUGGUGUUGUGACUAGUAAAACUAUUGGCGAUGUAAAUGACAUUGAUAUGUCUAGUGAUGAUAGUGAUGACGCAGAAUCUAGCUUAACUGUCAAGAAGUCUAAUGGUAAAGAACUUUGGCAUAAAUUGAUCGUUUCUAUUCUUAAUAAUGAGGAAGCAGAGUAUCAAGAUGAAGAUAAAGUGAACAGCUAUUUGGCUGAUGGAUAUACUAAAUCUGAGGCAUUAACGCUUUUAUAUAAUCAGUUUAUUUCACGUGUCAGCAAACGAUUUAGAAAGGAAGUUGCUGAUUUAAUGCUGUAUGUCCAUAGGCUAUUGAAAGAUGAUACAUAUAAGAAAUUGAUGCGCACUGCUCAAGAUCUUCAUUAUCAAGGAGGUUAUUCCAGAGAAGAAUCCAUCACUGCAGCAGUGUCUUUGAGGAAACAUUUGUUGAAUAAAUUUUUCAAAAAUACUAGUGAAAUGAACUUUAAUGAGUCUACCUCUGAUGAUUCAGAUGCUAGUGCCAGUGGAAGUGAGGACUGUAAUUGUAAUGAAAAUGACUGACUGUAAAUAGAUAUAGAUACACAUAUUAUGAUUAGUUAAAAAUUAUAAAGUAUUGUUUAUAUUGUAUAUAUAAUUUGAUUGACUUUGCAACAAUAAAUAAGAUUAAAACAAAAUGUGUCCUGCCUUGAUAAUUAAUACCUAGAUUAAGUCCUGACCUUGACAUCCCGUUACACUAAUGUAGAGAAG